GAGAUAGUGGAGCAUCGGUAAUGGCGGAGUUUUUGAAAAACGGUUCGUGUUUGUGAAAAUAUAACACACCGAGUUGAGAGUAAUUGAAAAUACCUGCUUGAAAUUAAAAAGAAAUCAGAAGAAUGGAUAAGAAGCAGAGCAAAAUCAGAGUUGUCAUCAGAGUUCGCCCUACCCUGAAAGUAGAAGACAGUUCGUGCCUGAGAGUUGUGGACAAUUCCGUGGAGAUUUUUAAUCACAGAAACAUUCAGGAAAACAUCAAGUACAGGUUUGCUCGUGUUCAUGACGAAACUUGUUCCCAGCUGAACAUUUACAACGAGAAUGUCCGGCCUAUGCUCAACAAAAUCUUAACUGGACAGAACAUGUCAGUGUUUGCAUAUGGUCCCACGGGAGCGGGGAAGACCCAUACCAUGUUGGGCUCACCCACAGAUCCUGGCAUCAUCCCCAGAGUGGUUAAUGGAAUCUUCCAGCUCAUACAGGAAGACAGCAGCUCAGAAUGGGACUACUCGCUCUCAUUUUCUUUCUUGGAAAUUUACAAUGAAAAGGUUCAAGACCUCUUGGAGCCGAAAAACACAGACCUGCCCAUCCGAGAAGAUGGUGAGAAAAAUAUAUUUGUAUCAGGCCUAGCUGAGCGGGUAAUCACAGAUUUUGACGAGUUUAAGAAACUGUUUGGAGCAGCAGCUAGUAAUAGAACUGUGGCAGCAACAAAACUGAACGACCGCUCCAGCAGAAGUCAUAGUAUCAUCAUGCUGAAGGCCAAGAAAGUGCAGAAAUGCGCCCCGCACAAGGAGUAUCACGGCAAACUGUACCUGAUUGAUCUGGCUGGGUCAGAAGACAACAAGCGAACGGGAAACAUUGGAAUACGAUUGAGAGAGAGUGGAGCCAUCAACAAGUCCUUGUUUGCUCUCGGGGAAGUGGUGGAUGCCAUCAAUAGUGGACAGGCCAGAAUCCCUUACAGGAACAGCAAAUUGACCCGUCUUCUACAGGACUCUAUAGGGGGUAGUUGUCAUGCUGUCAUGAUCACAAACAUUGCACCAGAGGAGCGGUUCUACUAUGACACCUACUGUACGUUGAACAUGGCCACAAAGAGCAAGAAAAUAACCAACACUACCUGUGUGAGAGAAGUCGUUCCCGCAGAGGUAAAGCCCAGUCUAAAACGCCCCAUGUCAGAUGGCAGGCUGGAUGUGACGAGGAAGAGACUUAAACUGUCCCCACGCACCACGCCCCCUGGCCCUCCCAAGGAGUAUAACCCAGCACCCUUCCUCAGCCCUUUGUUACGCCGCCAAGCUAAUCUGGAAGACACUGUUAACCAACGUCUGGGCAUGUUAGAAGAGAAUCUCCUGAAGCAGAUGAAAGCUGAACACUCAUUGGUUGAAGACAAGGGGUCAGAUGUCAAGGUCACAGUGAAGAAACUUGAGGAGCAGCUGAGGAAUACAACCAAACAGUUACAGAUGCUGAAGAAACAGCAGACCUCUAAUGUUUUAAAAGAUACAACAAAUAUCCCUAAUGAACAAAAGAAAACCUUAAAAAAGCCCAAAUUGGAGAAGAUCAAGACCCCGCCACCUUUUUCCCCGGUGACUUGUGAAGCGCUGUUCUUCAAACCCGAAAAGCGCUCAAAGAAAGGUUUUGUGUCUACAGCCUGCAGACCUUCAGCAGAUGAAAACUUUGAAACACCGACAAAAGUGAAGAUAGAUGAAGGAUGGAAGGUUCAUAUUAACUCAGAUACACAACAGAAACACAAUGAGAGCAUUUUGAAGGUAAUAAAUACGGGGUCCAUGAAGGAUUUACAGAUGUUACAGACAGUGGGGAAGAAGAGAGCACAGCUAAUUCUGGCGUACCGAGAAACUAAUGGGCCAUACUUAAAGGUAGAAGAUUUGAAACUGGUGCCUGGUCUGACGGCCAAAUAUGUGGAGAAUUUCCAGAGGAGUAACCUGUUUUCAAAACUGAUGCUUUGAUUGGCAUUGAAGUCUCUUUCAAACACUUCAAACACCUCAGCUACACGUACUCAUUGUACAUAUCUCUAUAAAUUUCAUCAUUUUUCAUGGUUGUCCUCUUCACACAUAAUAGAUUUAUUCUCAGACUUCAGCCAUCUAUGUAAAUAACUCUUAUUAUUUUUACAGAUUUUAGUAAUUAUGCAAGUAGGUAUGUAAUAAAGUUUUUAUAUCUAGCUAGCUUGUACUGUUUGUGAAUUGCUGCCAUGCAUUGAAAUUGGUAGGAGUCUCGUUUGAAUUCUUUGCAUGGUUUAAAGGCAACGGAAAACAAUACCAUACUAUGCGACCAAUAAAAACUGCCCCGGAAAAUAGUUGGAUUUAGGGUUUCUUACAAUUUGUUUAACCUUGCAAAAUGCAUUUGAAUAUUUUAUUCUAUGGCGGCCUUUUCUGACCACAAUGGGAACAGAGACGUCACUUAAGGUUUCGCUACUAAACACACGAGACUGCUACAUUUCAUCAUUCAAA